CUCUCUCCACUGGUAAUACUUGGAGGGAAGGGGGAGCAGUUAAUUAAAUUCCACUGGGUGGAAGCCUGACGAUGAAGGUGUGCGCAUAUUAAGAGAAUCUGCUUUCAGGGAGUGGCAGUGGAAGUGGGUGUAGGUUAAGACUUAAGAGAGAGAGAGAGUUGGCAAUUGAUUUGAUGCGACGUGAUCAAUGUCCAGGAUGAAGCAUCUACUGCGCAAACUCCACAUCGGAGGGAGCGUCAACGAGCAUCACAGGUUAGGCGGAAGCCGUGCUAACAAUAGUCCUUCUCCGCCAUCGUUGCCGUCUUCUGCUUCUGCAUCUCAUUCGUCGUCGACGGGUUCGACAUUUGCGAGGAAUAGAGUUGGCGAUGCAGCCGACAGGACGACCGGUGCUGUUUCUGCUGCUGCGUCUGCGGAGAGUUCUGUUGAUUUCAAUUUCUUCGAAGAGGAGUUUCAGGUGCAGCUCGCUUUGGCAAUUAGUGCAUCGGAUCCCGAUGCGCGCGAGGACCCAGAAUCGGCUCAGAUCAAGGCCGCCAAGAGGAUUAGUCUGGGCUGUUCUUCUGUGGCUGCUGAUGAAACCCUUGUUGAGCUUCUCUCGCUCCAGUAUUGGAACUACAAUGUUGUAAAUUAUGAUGAUAAAGUGAUGGAUGGGUUUUAUGAUGUCUAUGGCAUCUCCACAAAUUCAAAUUUACAAGGGAAAAUGCCAUUGCUGGUUGAUCUUCAAGCAACAGCCGUUUCAGAUAGCACUGAUUAUGAAGUGAUUCUGGUAAACCGUUCUGUUGAUCCCAUACUGCAACAGCUCGAGAGAAGAGCAGAUUCUAUAGCUUUGGAAUGCCAAGCUGCAAAGCUUGGUCAAAUUUUAAGCGGUCUGGUCCAGAAGAUUGCUGAUCUUGUUGCUAAUACCAUGGGUGGUCCAGUUGGUGAUGCUGAUGUAAUGUUAAGAAGGUGGACAGCUAGAAGUAAUGAGCUACGCAAUUCGCUAAAAACAAUCGUUCUUCCCCUUGGCUGCCUUGAUGUUGGACUUUCACGUCACAGGGCUUUGCUUUUUAAGGUACUAGCUGAUCGGAUCAAUCUUCCAUGUAGGCUAGUGAAAGGGAGCUACUAUACGGGUACUGAUGAGGGAGCUGUGAACUUGAUUAAAAUUGAUUAUGAAAGUGAGUACAUAAUUGAUCUAAUGGGGGCUCCAGGCACUCUAAUUCCUGCUGAGGUACCUAGUGGCCAUAUUCAAAACUCUGGGUUGAAUGUAGUGAGCUCUGUAAGCACUUCAGACAGUAUAAAUGAUUCAUAUUUCACGCGUGACAAGAUCAACUGUCAGUCUGAAAAUGGCAACCAGGUGUCAGGAGGAAUUCCAUUUGAUCCUGGUUGUAGUUCACAAACUGGUAUUUUAGGUUCUAAUGAAGCAUCUAGUGUCAUUCAAGUGAAGGGGGACAAUGACAGUUCUAUUGAAGAAAGUCAAACUGAGAGAUUUGAAUAUGAAUUUGGGAAGCUCCUUCCUUCUUUAUAUGGAUCACACAAAAGCCCAUCAGGAACAGGUGAAAAAGCUUCAUCUGCCCAAAGGAUGAAAGUCAAAUAUGUUUCUAAAUAUGUAACCACUGCAGCACAAAACCCGGAGUUUGCACAGAAAUUGCAUGCUGUUUUGUUAGAGAGUGGUGCAUCACCACCUCCAGAUUUGUUUUCUGAUAUUUCAACCCAGGAUCCAGAAGGAUGUAGAGCACUUGUCAGAAGCCAUUUUGUUAAGGGGGAAAAAAUUCAUGAUGAAACUCAAUGUUAUCUUAAUAAGCUUCCCUCAAGCACCGAGCAUGCAAUUGUACCCUUUGUUGAAGUGGAAUCCUUAAAUCAUGUUGUUUAUGAAAAUAAGCAAAAAAGUUCUGUUUGGAAUAUGACAGAAGAACAAAAACAAGAUGCAAAUAUUUCUUCAGAUGUUCAACUUUGGAUGCCAACUGCUAGUUCAUCUACAAGUAAACCAGGUUGUGAUUGCUCAGAUCAUCAGUCUACAAGUGAGGGUUUUAUUUUGAUUGACAAUGAAGUUAAAGAAAUGAUUCACACUGAUUGUAUGGCUGUUAAGUCAUGUGCAGUUACAAGAACUCCGUAUGGAGAACAAAUUCAAGAAUCUUCACUGUCACACCCAGAUAAUUCCCACGAAAAGAAACUUCAAAAUAUAUUAACCAGUGCCGCUCCUGAAGGCAAUAAGGGAAAUGUGGGAAGAAUUGCAAAUAAUGCGGAAACUACAGGCAGUAUUUCUUUGCAAGAGCAUCCACAAAAUGCCCAAGGAUCUCUUGUGAAAUUAAUGGAAACGGCCAUUAAUGACCAAUAUAUUGUUGACCGUGAGAGAGUUAACCUACAGCUUGAUGAGGUUGCUGAAUGGGAGAUUCCAUGGGAGGAUCUUCAGAUUGGUGAACGGAUCGGUCUUGGUUCAUAUGGAGAAGUUUACCGUGCUGAUUGGAAUGGAACUGAGGUUGCUGUAAAGAAGUUUUUAGACCAAGAUUUCUCUGGUGAUGCAUUACAGCAGUUUAGAUGUGAAGUUAUGAUCAUGCUAAGGCUAAGACAUCCAAAUGUUGUUCUUUUUAUGGGAGCAGUUACUUGGCCACCCAAUCUCUCAAUACUAACAGAAUUUCUUCCAAGGGGGAGUUUAUAUAGGCUAAUGCAUCGUCCCAAUGUUCAACUUGAUGAAAAGCGACGAUUGCGAAUGGCCCUGGAUGUGGCCAAGGGAAUGAAUUACUUGCACACAAGUCAUCCCACCAUUGUACAUCGAGAUUUGAAGUCACCGAAUCUCCUUGUUGAUAAAAAUUGGGUUGUGAAGGUUUGUGAUUUUGGCUUGUCACGUUUGAAGCACCACACUUUCCUGUCUUCAAAAUCUACAGCUGGGACGCCAGAAUGGAUGGCACCAGAAGUUCUGAGGAAUGAAAGAUCCAAUGAGAAAUGUGAUGUAUAUAGCUUUGGUGUUAUAUUGUGGGAAUUGGCUACUUUGCGUAUGCCAUGGAGUGGGAUGAACCCUAUGCAGGUGGUUGGAGCUGUAGGGUUCCAGAAUAGACGCCUUGAUAUACCAGAAGAAGUGGACCCAGCGGUCAGGCAGAUAAUAUGUGAUUGUUGGCAGAGUGAAGCAGAAUUGCGGCCUUCUUUCUCACAGCUUUUGACUCCUCUUAAGCGUCUACAGCGUUUAGUUGUUGAGAAACCAUAAGAUCUAAAUCCAAAUGGAAGAGGAAGCGGCUCGAGAUUGGCACUAUUUGUAGGACUUGUACCCAGGCUCAAAGAGCAUGUGCAGCAUAAACACUUGUUGCAGAAUCCAUUUGACAAACAGAAACACCAAAAAAAAAAAAGUAAAGGGAAAUAAAAAGAAAAAGGAAAAAGCAGAAGACUGAAUAUGGAGUUGUUGGUUCAUUCGAAGUGGGGACCACAAUACAGAAACAAGAAUGGGCGGUCUGAUGCUGUGGACUUCCUCCGUUCCAGCAACUGCGCGAAGUGCAGUGGGGGGUUCAAUGCCACAGGAAUGUUGUGUCUGUAUCCACUAUUAGGUAGAAAACUAGGGAAUAAUAGAUUAGUUGUUACAAAAUUUAGGGAGGAAAAAAAGAAGGAACAGUAUAUAAUUUAUUAUUUCUGUUCUGGGGUGGGGUGGGGGGAUAUAAUUCAUGGAAGCUUGGCAGCUUUUGAAAUUGUACACAUCUGACCUCUGUCGAUAAUUGUUGUGAAUGAAGAAAAAGGAAAUGGAGGAAGAAUAUGGGAAUGCAAAAGACGUUUUCCCUUACUCUCCAAGUGAUAUUUUUAAGUUUCCCUCAUGUUUUGUUGUGUUAAAAACCUGCGUGCGUGCGUGUGUAUGUGUAGUAAAUCUGUUGAUCUUCAAAUAAAAAUGCUUUCAUCCACAUUAUCAUCUUGUAAUAUUAAAGCAAGGUAUUUUUUCUUA